AUGAGCCCACCACCUGGCUCUGUGGCGACGGUGAGUUGUAGUCACGCCUGCACGCCGGUGCACAAGACACGCGUCCUGGGAAGCGAGAGUGAUAGCGACGAUGACCGUUCCUGCACGCGACAAAGCCGGAUGGGCACCAAUGGCAAGAGCAUUGCGGUUGCGCUGGAAAUGCCACGGCAGUGGGAUCCAGAUACGAACAACUAUAGCAGCGGCAGCAACAGUCGGGCACCCGAACGCACAUCGCGGGUUUUGCUUCCACCCAGAGACGUUGAUGUCUCUUCGUCGACCUCGUCGGCGUUAUCGCAGUGGUAUUUGGGUGGCGGUGCAUUGCGAGUGCAUAUUCUCCACGACGUGCCAGACAGGGAGCGCUUGGCAGCCGCCUGCACGAGACUCAGCGAGUCAGCGUGUAGCAGUAGGAACAGCAUGGGAGGUGAUGAACAAGGGUCUUAUCGGCAGACGCACCUCCAUCGCCAGGCGAACAUGACAGGUGUUGUGACACGUGUGCAGCUUCUCGCGUACUCUGUUCGAGGUGCAGAUGUGCUUGUGACGCACCAACUGACACAGCGUGAGAGUGUCCUUGCUGCUGUUGCUGCUGGGGUGUGGGUGGUGACCCCGAAGGCUCUACAGGACUGUGAGGCACGCCAGUGUCUUCUCCCGUUGCGUGAUCUCUCCACUUACGAGUGGUGUCCGGAGCUGCUUCCGCCAGAGACGCCGCGCAGCAGUCUGCAGCUCGCAAAACAGUGCCGCAUUCGUCGACAGCAACGUCAGGCAAAUGGGCAUCGCCUCUUUGACGGCAAGUGGUUCGUUCUUGUCUCACCUGACACCCCUGUCGGCCUCUCGCGUGCACGAUCGAUGCGAAAUAUCCUGGAGACGGGUGGUGGCAUCGUGACGUGGGUGACAUGCGCUGACAUGGACGGCAAUGCACCACCAAGUGGCACCACCUCUACAACAGCAACUGCGGCAACGUCUGAGAGCGCCGUCGGGGCAUCGCUGACCUCCAAUUCUGUCACGGCAACUUCGGCUCCCACGUCGUGUUCGUCCCCCGCAGCUCUGCUCGAUCUUAUUCUCAUGCAGGUCCGAGGGCAAGAGUACAACAGCAGAGAAAAUGCAUGGAACACACGCGGAGACACAACGAACUGUGGCGCGUUACCUAUUAAGGAGGUCGUUGUACUGAUAGACGGCCGUACCCAGGCGGAUGUGGAGCAGCAGGCAGAGUUACAGGAGAUGGUGAAGGUGCUCCGUCACGCGCAAGAUCAACUUUUUGCGGCAAAGCGACAUGCACUUGAGAAAAGAGAACGCAAGAGACAUCAGCAGCAGCAGCAGCAGCAGCCGCUUCAGUGGGGUUUCACAACCGUGUGUAAUGAAAUGAACGGACGCGAUGCGAUUAGCGGCAUGAUGAUGUUGCGGCACCGUGCUGACAGCGUGCAGAGGUCCAUCCUCCAUGGAGGUAGCCCAUCACCGCCUCCAGUGGAGGAGAAGGAUGCUAGUAAGAAGAGCGACAUGAGCAUCGCCGCCACCACUGCCACUGAGGGCAUGCCCUCCUUGGAAAUCAUGCGAGUGUUUACUUCGGACUGGGUGACGCUGGAAAUUCAGCAGCGGCGGAAGGCGCCCCUAUGCGUUGUGAAGCUCUCCCCGUAG